CAUGGAAAGGUUUGUGGGUUUGGUUAACUGAGGUGGAGGAAUAUUAUGUUUCAGUUGGAAACACAUCCCUAGAAUGCCAAAACAUUUAUUCCAAAGUCUGGUUUCCUGGUGCAAUCAGAGGCAAGGCAACAGUGUGUCUGUUCAGAGACUGGGGGCUGGGGCCAGCAAGGCAUCAGAUCCAAGUGUAUCCCAGAAGGCUUUUAUUGUUAAAUUAUAUUCUUCAGGAAAAACCGCCCGUGUCGCAUUUUGUAAACUUGAUAUCUACGCACUUUUCGAGUGGCAUCCUAUUUUAGCGUAAGCCUAUGAUUUACAGCAAGCCUGUUUUCCCUCUUGCGUAGGAUGGCAGCAGAAAACAUGGGGCACUUCCUAGGCUCGAAGUAUAAGGAGCAAAAAGGGCUGGAGUUUUGCUUCUCCCCAAUAAUGCUGACUUGAGUGUGCCACCUUUCUCCCCAUGAGCAGACAGCAAGCUUCUCCUCACUUCCCACGGCCAUUCAUCCAUCUCUGUGCAGCAGCCCAGUUGCUGUGCCUGCCGGGAGGGGCUGCCAAGUGCCCUGCCUACUGGCUGCUUCCCGAUUCCCUGCCAUUCCACAUACAAACACAUCCCCACACGCUCUGCCUUGCUCACACACGGAGCCACAAGCACAUGUGAGCACAUUCUUUCCUUCAUUCUCACUGUCUCAGCCCUUGACUUCUACAAGCCCAUGGAACAUUUCUGGAAAGACGCUCUUGAUCCAGCAGGGUAGGAUUGUUUUGAUUUCUCUUUGUAGCUUUAGCAUUUUGAGAAAGCAACUUACCUUUCUGGCCAGUGUCUGUAUCCUAGCAGGGAGAUGAGGAUUGCUGCUUUCCAUGGGUUUAUGUGCGCAUCUCCUUCUGCUUUCAGGACUUGCAAGGUUCUUUGUGUAAUUUACAUACAAUUCGGCAGGUUCAGAGUUUUAAGGGCCCUCUGAAGUGCUUUUGCAUGGGUUUUAAAAAAGACAUUUGAAAAUUGAAAGUGUGAUUUACCGAAACGAAGUCAUCUGUAAAAAAAUUGCUUUGGAAAGUAAUGGUUGCUGGCCAUAAAGAGAAAUAUCUAUGAUUCACCUAAUGUGUUUUUAACCCUUUCUUUGCUUACAAUCUAUAGUUACUGUUGCUGAGCUCAAUUUUGGCUUCACAGUAAAUCAGCUGCACCUGCAUAUUACCCCCAAAUGGUCUGUCUGCUCUUGUAAGAAUUAGGUAAAAUGUGUGCUUAUUAGUAUAAAGAUAUCCCAAAAUAUUACUAUCAGUAACAGCAUCCUUGUCAUUUAUAUAUGACACAAACAUUUUGUCAGGUAUUCUGUCAGGUGUUUGGUAUAGCAGUUAAAGCAAAGUAUCUGAUGGUCAUACCAGAGUUCAUUAGGCUGGGGCAAAGGAAGUUUAUUAAAAAGUAUAAACUGUCCAAGAUUAUAGGUGCACAACAUAUUUACCAUAUCUUUUUAAUAUAUACUUAUAUAUACACAUUAUAUACUAUAUAGUAUAUAGUAUUAUAUAUAUUAUGUUUUAUACAUAUAUAAUGUACUUGAGCAUGUCUAGUUUUCAAUUCAGUACAAAACUUUUUUCUAUUUCUCUUUCAAUCUGGAUAUUUGAUUCUGCAUAUCCUAGUCCAAGUGAACCAAGGAGGUCCAAUCACAGGAUGAAAGAACAGAAAUGUAUCACUGCCUUUUAAAAUUUGUUGGUUAGACCAACCGUGUAACCUAAUUGCCAAAGAUUUGAUUAAUGACCUGGGGUUAUUUUUUUUUUAUGGUAAGGUCACGUUUCAUAUUCAGUUUUCUGAAGUUUUGGUUGCAUAAUCAGUGGAAGGCAUGAAGACCCAUGUCUGUUUACAAAAACGGAAGGUUUUUGUAAAUCGUCAUUCACAUUAGAAUUCCUGUUGGGAGCAAGUACAGUACUGUGGUCCAGCACCAACAGACGAGUCGGGCUGGGAGAAUCUCAGAAGGUCGUGGCUGGAGGGGACCACUCUGGGAGAAUUUUGAAGAAAACUGAGGUCGAGUAGCACUCUCCUGCUGCAAAGCGCGGCUCUUCCUAUAUGUACACCUUGAAUCUCCACCCCCUUCCCCCCAGAUGCCUCCCAACAGCGCCGGCAGCUGCUAAAUAUAGCUGUCUGCCUAUGCAACCGCAUACCCCGCUCUAUCUGCCGUAUCUCGGUUACAGAGUGGUCCUCCCCAGGGUCAUUCUAUGUACACACUACAUAUUUCCAGCCAACGAGGAGCGUGAAUCACACAGUAAGAGAGACAAACAGAGAUAGAUUGGAGCCUGGCACGGGGCACAUAAGGUAGCACGUUAGAGAAAGCCGGCCCCUGGGUUAGUCUUCCGAGUUUGUUUUACGCCCCGUCUCCUCUGGGCCACCUUUAGGAGAUCCCUCGGCUCCCCCGCCCUCCUGCAGUGAAAUUCAGCCUCUAUCCAGCAGCGACAAGUAAAGUAAAGUUCAGGGAAGCUGCUCUUUGGGAUCGCUCCAAAACGAGCUGCGCCUGGAGUGAUGUUUAAGCCAACGUCAGGGCAAGGCAACAGCCCCUGGCCGGCUUCCAGCACCUCUGUAAUGCAUACGAGCUCGGGAGACCGGUACUUAAAGUUGGAGACCCGAGCCCGGGAGUUGGCGGAGCGCGCUCGCGCCGGGCUGCACUUGCUCGCGUCCGGCCGGCCCGCUCCAUCGGACGGGCCGGCUCCCGGGGCAGGGCCGGGGCUCGCGUCGCGGCGGGACAUGCGCUGCGCCGCCUCUAACCGCGGGCUGUGCUCUUCUUCCAGGUGGCCGGUCGGCUGCUGAGCCCUCUGCCGCGGGGGGAGACGGUUUGCGCCUUGCCCGCGGCCACCGACCAUGACCAUGACCCUGCACACCAAAGCGUCUGGCAUGGCCCUGCUGCACCAGAUCCAAGCCAACGAGCUGGAGCCCCUGAACCGCCCGCAGCUCAAGAUCCCCCUGGAGCGGCCCCUGAGCGAGGUGUACGUGGACAGCAGCAAGCCCGCCGUGUACAGCUACCCCGAGGGCGCCGCGUACGACUUCAACGCCGCGGCCGCCGCCUCCGCGCCCGUCUACGGCCAGCCGGGCCUCGCCUACGGCCCCGGGUCCGAGGCGGCUGCGUUCGGCGCCAACGGCCUGGGGGGGUUCCCGCCGCUCAACAGCGUGUCUCCGAGCCCGCUGGUGCUCUUGCACCCGCCGCCGCAGCUCUCGCCCUUCCUGCAUCCCCACGGCCAACAGGUGCCCUAUUACCUGGAGAACGAGCCGAGCGGCUAUGCGGUGCGCGAGGCCGGCCCUCCCGCCUUCUACAGGCCAAAUUCAGAUACCCGGCGCCAGGGUGGCAGAGAGAGAUUGGCCAGCACCAGUGACAAGGGAAGCAUGGCCAUGGAAUCUGCCAAGGAGACUCGCUACUGUGCAGUGUGCAAUGACUAUGCCUCAGGCUACCAUUAUGGAGUUUGGUCUUGCGAGGGCUGUAAGGCCUUCUUCAAGAGAAGUAUUCAAGGGAUACGGAAAGACCGCAGAGGAGGGAGAAUGUUGAAGCACAAGCGCCAGAGAGAUGAUGGGGAGGGCAGGAACGAAGCGGAGCCCUCUGGAGACAGGAGAUCUGCCAACCUUUGGCCAAGCCCACUCUUGAUUAAACACACUAAGAAGAACAGCCCCGUCUUGUCCCUGACAGCCGAUCAGAUGAUCAGUGCCUUGUUGGAGGCUGAGCCCCCCAUAAUCUAUUCCGAGUACGAUCCUACCAGACCCUUCAGUGAGGCUUCAAUGAUGGGCUUGCUGACCAGCCUUGCAGACAGGGAGCUGGUCCACAUGAUCAACUGGGCAAAGAGGGUGCCAGGAUUUGUGGAUUUGACCCUCCAUGAUCAGGUCCACCUUCUGGAAUGUGCCUGGCUAGAGAUUCUCAUGAUUGGUCUUGUCUGGCGCUCCAUGGACCACCCAGGGAAGCUCCUGUUUGCUCCUAACUUGCUCCUGGACAGGAACCAGGGAAAAUGUGUUGAGGGCAUGGUGGAGAUCUUUGACAUGUUGCUGGCUACAUCGUCUCGGUUCCGUAUGAUGAAUCUCCAGGGAGAGGAGUUUGUGUGCCUCAAAUCCAUCAUUUUGCUUAAUUCUGGAGUGUACACAUUUCUGUCCAGCACCCUGAAGUCUCUGGAAGAGAAGGACCAUAUCCACCGUGUCCUGGACAAGAUCACAGACACCUUGAUCCAUCUGAUGGCCAAAGCGGGCCUGACUCUGCAGCAACAGCACCGGCGUCUGGCCCAGCUCCUCCUCAUCCUCUCUCACAUCAGGCACAUGAGUAACAAAGGCAUGGAGCAUCUGUACAGCAUGAAGUGCAAGAAUGUGGUGCCUCUCUAUGACCUGCUGCUGGAGAUGCUGGAUGCCCACUGCCUGCGCGCCCCAGCCAAUUUCGGGAGCGCACCCACGGAGGACGUGAACCAGAGCCGGCUGGCCACCGCCGGCUCCACUUCGUCACAUUCCUUGCAAACGUAUUACAUCACCGGGGAGGCAGAGAAUUUCCCCACCACGGUCUGAGAGCUCCCCGGCUCCCCCAGGGUUCUGAGGAUCCCUGCCGCACUUUAUCCACAUCGUGCGUCACUCUAGCCGACUUCUGCCCCUGCACACACUCUGGCAUGCACCCAGCGCUGGCUUUCUAAGAUGGGUGGCCAUUCAUUUGCUCGCUCAGUUCCAAGUGGCACGCCUUCUUUUGGGAACAGCCAAAGGGAUUCCAGGGCUACUUUCUCUGUAACAGCUCUCUCUCUCUCCCUUUGCUACCUUACUCGGCAUGAGGAUUCCCUUAGCGUUUCAUGACUGAGCUCUGUCUACGAGCUGGGCUCAGGUGCCUGUGCACUUUAGCUGCUUGUGACCCAAGGCCUGGAGAGUGGACAUUUCACCUCCGUGAAUGUGAAGCACUUUUUAAUGGAUCUUAUUUAAGCAUAAGCCACAGGAAAGAAUUGAAAGUGGCUCCUUUAAUUGCUGACUUGGAGAAAGCUGGGUCCAGGGUUCAUUAUAACAUCCUCUUGUAUUCCUAUAGUAACGUAUCAUUUUAUUAAAGUCAGACCUUAAAGCUUCUGCUCUGUUGCAUGGCUGUAGCAGAAUAUCUGGUGAUUGUCCACCCACUUCCCCUAUAGGAAUACAAGAUGCACACAGGGAAAGAAGAGCCCCUAAUUGUCAAGACUUUGUCAGCUAAAUACACUGCACCUUCAGAUUUGCUGAAUGCUUUGCCAUUAGCUUUUGAGAGCACUAGGUAUAGGUCAUGGGUUCCAGUUAAUUCUUGCUUUUUCCCAUGGACCCAUGGAAAACAGCAAGUUGAUCCCAGUUAAGUCACCUCCACAUACACCAGUUUCUUUGUGAGAGAUAAAUUCUUGUUUUUUGUUUUUUUUUUUCAUUUUAUAAAAGAAAGCCCUCUCCCCCCAGGACUUGCAGUAAAUGGGCUUCAGGACCUGUUCUGGUGUGAUCUCACUCUUACCAGCAGAGGGCGCUCUGCUUGGCUCUUCCUGGUGUGUAACUUACAAGGUGAAUUAGGUGUAGCGCCCAGGCUAUGACCAAGGGCAGUUUAAAUGAGCAGGCACCCUGGUGACACUUUUAGCCCUGGAGCACUGGGCUUAAUAGUAAAUGUGCAUGAUUCUUGUAGGUACUAGAGACCAAAGAGGAAAGCAGGGCAGAAACUGGAUAAAACUCUGAGGCUCAGGGUGGCCCUGCCACAGGCUGCAGCCACUUAGGAGUGCUACUGGCAGACCCCAUACUGCACUGCGGGGCUGCCCGGGGGUCCAUGGGGCAGUCCUCCUCUUCCUCAUUUCCCCGCAUGGCCCAGGUUGGAGGCACACUCUGGGCGGGGGAGGAGGGCCAGGACUGGAGCGCUCCGUACUCAGGCUGCCUGGGGCCUGGUCAGACCACACCUGCCCUUGGUUGUUUAGAGCUCAUCCAAAAAUCAGGGUUUGGCCUUGAGGGGAAAACAAACAAACAAACAAACAAACUUCCCUAGAGUCUAUUUCAUUAAACUUCAUAAGCCAAGAGAGCAAGACUAGAAUUGGGCCAUGGGAAUCCUUAAACCUAUAGGCUAAACAAGCGAGGCCUACUCCAGCCACAGGGCAGAUUUCCCUGGGUCUUUGCUUCUCUAAAGCAAUUAUGGAUUAUUUCCCCUUUUCAGCUAAAAAGAAAGUUUGGUUUCCUCUGGUGACCGCAUUGUCUGUAACUCAAACCCCAGUGAUUGAUAGGCAAUGUGUUAGCCAACAACCCAGCCAAGCUUCUAGGGCUUCUCUUGGGAUGCCUGUUACAAAAAAAAAUGGAUUUCAUCCAUUUCCAGUGACCCAAUCAGUGAUCACCAAAGGACUGGGAACCUGGGAGGGCCAAAAAAAAAAAAAAAGUAUUUUUCACAAGUGCAUCUAAAUUUGGGGGCAAUUUUAUGUAUCAAUAUCUGCAGUAAGAAUGUUUAGAACAUAAUUCUUUUGUUGUUUUUGUUUAAGAAGCACCUUAUAUAGUAUAAUAUAUAUUUUUUUGAAAUUGCAAUGCUUGUUUGUCAGACAACUGAAUGUAGUAAUUCUGUUCUGGAUUUAAUUUGACUGGGUUAACAUUCAAAACCAAGGAAAAAUGUUUACUUUUUUUGUAUUACUACCUUGUGAUGUAGUCAUUGAUGCCUAAGGCCUGGUGAUUAUUCAUUUAAAUGAAGAUCACAUUUCAUAUCAACUUUUAUAUCCACAGUAGACAAAAUAGCACUAAUCCAGAUGCCUAUUGUUGGAUACUGAAUGAUAGACAAUCAUAUGUAGCAGAGAUUAUGCCUGAAAAGGAAAAUUAUUCAGGGCAGCUAAUUUUGCUUUACCAAAAUAUAAGUAGUAAUAUUUUUGGACAGUAGUGAGUGGGUCAGUGGGUUCUUUUUAAUGUUUAUACUUAGAUUUUCUUUUAAAAAAAAUAAAAACAACAAAAAAAAUUCUAGGACUAUAGGUGAUGUAAUACCAGCUAAAUCCAAACAAUAAUCCAGUGGAGGGUUUUACAUUAUUCAUCUGAGAUGUUUGUAUUCAUGUUAAGAUACUACUACAUUUGAAAUGGGGCAGAGAACACCAGAUGGUUGGUAUGUUAGCCCGGGAGUUUCAAGUAAUUUUAAAAAUCUCUUCUUAUUUGAAGUGCCACUAAUGGACAGCUGAUACUUUGCCGCUGACAUUACUCUUGGGUGUAGGGAAUAUGCUGUAUUUUUUCCCCCCACUCUGAGACAAUUUAAAGUUUGAAAGCCAUGGUGGAUCGGGGUGGGGUGGGUGGGUGAGGAUGGGGUGGGGAAGUGGGUUUAGGAAUUUGAAGAAUGGGAAAUACCGUAAUAAGAGUCUUGAAAGUAUUUUGAAGCAGAUCAAUACUGGCGCCUGGGGUAUGCACCGGGGUUCAGUAUUUCACUUGUGCCCUGUUAACCACAAAUAAGUAGCUGUAUCUGACAGCCAUUCAGAUAUAAUGGCAGCUUGAGUUCUAGGGAAGAACUAGUGGCAUCUGCAGUACAGUCCAAGGAAUAGCUAGUGGCCUGUGUUUCUUUUAGCCAUUGCCUAGCUCCAGGCUUGCGGUAAUGAUUCUGCAAUGCUGUCAUGCAACAAUCAGAGAGGCUAGUUCAUCCAAAGAGAAGACCCUGCGUAGGGUGCAAAAUCCAGCCCCUAAGGAAGUGUAGUCGUUGAUUAGAUUUCCCUAUUUAACCUUACAACUAUGUUUAACCAUGCCAUAUCCUAUGCCUUUCGGGGGCUGAACAAAUAAGGGACUUACUGAUAAUUUACUUCUGAUCCCAUUAAGGUGUUCUUGCGUUAAAAUCUUAUACACUGAAAUGGCCGUUGAUUUAGGCCACUGGUCCGUGAAACCAAUUCCAAAUCCCUUCCUAUUCAUACUUCCCAACUCUGAGGUGGACUGUGGAUACCGGUAGUGAUCACUAGGACCAUAGUAAUGUCUGAAAUUCACAGGCAAAUUUGCUUCAGGGAGCUGGUUAUUGGAAAGACAAACAGAGUCAUACACAGCUUCUGAGACAACUGUGAUUCUCUUUGGUGCAAGUCUUGGGAGGAUGAUUCAGAUGACACUGCACACCUCCAGGAUGAACUCCCUGAAAACUUACUCUCAACUGGAGCAAAUGACUUUAACUGUGGUCCCAAAUAUCCACCUUUUCAUGAGUGUUAUCUCUGUUUCUAACUGCAGUUCCUUUCCAUUUGGAUUAAAGUGAGUGUGGCCUCUUUCUAAGUCACUUAAAAUUGUUGUUCUAAGUACCUGCUGCCUCUAUUAUGGCACUUCAAUUUGCACUGUCUUUCAGAGAUUCAAGAAAAAUUUCUAUUCUUUUUUUUUUUUUUUUUUUUUUGCAUCCAAAUGUGCCUGAACUUUUUAAAUAUGUAAAUGCUGCCAUGUUUCAAACCCAUCUUCAGUGUGUUUUUACAGAGCUGUGUACCCUGGAAACCACAUACAGCCCCAUGAGCAGGUGCCUGAGGCACGGACCCCUUUGCAUUCACAGAGAGGUCAUUGGUCAUAGAGACUUGAAUUAAUAAGUGACAUUAUGCCAGUUUAUGUUCUCUCACGGCUUAUAAACAAUGCUUUUUGUGCACUACAAAUUCUUCAGUGUAGAGCUCUUGUUUUAUGGGGAAAAGCUCAGAUGCCAAAUUGUGUUUGAUGGAUUAAUAUGCCCUUUUGCCGAUGCAUACUAUUAUUGAUGUGAUUCUGUUUUGUUGCAGCUUUGCUUCGUUUAAUGAAACACACUUGUAAACCUCUUUUGCACCUUAAAGAAAGUAAAGAAUCCAGUGGGAUGCUCAAGCACCUUAAACAAUUUUCUCUACCUAUUUGGUGUUCAAAUAAAGAAUUCAAUGAAA